AUCAACAGCCGCCAUCUUGUCGCGGAUGAGAAUCGGGACUUCGGAAGAUCAUAAUAAUAUUUAUAUAGACGCGGGUCAUUCGGACCAAGCCUAAAUAGUCUUCUUGUGACAAAGACCAGAGAUUGUGAAAAUUUCGAGUGUCAUUCUUCUGGACAUAGGCGAAAUGGGGGCCGUUUUUGUCUACUGGAAAACCCCCGUAUAUCUGAUUUCCCCCUUCAGCGAGCGCUGCUUCUCAUAAUUUCGCUCGGAAUGCCAUGCUAAAAUCGGGAUUGCGCAGGAAUAAAAAAAAUCCUACCUUUAAACGAUUAAUUUCUUUAUCUUAAUUGUUAAUUUCAGCGGAUUCCGAAAUGGGUCUUGAAGAUAUUAAUUUUGACUCUGAGAAAAUGGGUUCUUUGGCGAUACCAACACCGAUGACGUAGGAGACUAAAGGCUUGUUUUCUGUUACUUGUUUUAAUAUUUUUUUUAUAAACAACGAAAAUCUUAUUUAAUAGAUAAAUAAGGAUAAUUAUGAUGGUAUUUGGUGUUGGAUUAUCAUGGGGUGAAUGGCAGUGGCGAAGCGGGGCGCUGUUGCUUGUUCUUUGAGCCAUUUUGCUGGCUAGUAGUGCUUGGUAGUACUACUAACUUGAGAUUUUUUCCCUUAAUAGCUACUAAUUAGGAGAUUUUUGGCUUGGCUGGCUGGCUGGCUGGCUGGCUAGCUAUCUCUUACCUGCGACGCAAAAUUCGCCUAACUUACCCCCCAACGCUCUUCCAAAGCAACCCUCAACAUAGCAAAAAUAAUCAGCACAGAAUGGCUGAAAACCUAUUGGAUAUCGGACCCCCCAACGCAAAGCGUCCUAAGCUCAAUUCACCUGCUCUUUCUUCAUCCGAUGGUCCAGACUUGGGGUCCUUAUUCGACUUGGAAAAUGACCUCCCAGAUGAGCUGAUACCCAAUGGAGAUGUGGGGCUGGUGUCCAUGCCCUCUAAUGGAGAUGGUGGAAUUGGUAGCAGGAUGGGCGGAAUGGUCCCAGAUGCAGCUGCCAAACACAAGCAGCUCUCCCAGCUCCUUCAGUCAGCCAGCAGCUCCAACCUGGCCAGCGGCCUCAACUCUGUCAGUCCUCAGCCCAACAUGGGUGGGCAGCUGGGUGCCCUGUGCAAGAGUCCCAUGGGCCAGGCUUCUCCGAGUCACCCAUCCCAACCUCAGAAGUCUGUCGGAACCACAAGUGGCCAAGGCAACAGCAGCAGUCCAGGCAUGAGCCUCAACGCUGGCUUCAACCAGGCCAUGCUAAACAACAACCAGAGCCAUGGACUCAUGGGCCAGAACAUGGCCCAGCAAGGGCAAAUGAUGAACGGCAUGAUGGGGCCAGUAGGUCGAGGCAGAGCGGCUCCGGGGAUGCAGUACCAGGGCCAGACCAUGCAGGGUGCACCGGUGGGAGGUGGAGGUGGGCCAGGCGCCAGUGUGUCAGGCAGUGUGCUGGCUGAGACACUCACCCAAGGAGCUCCUCAGAUGGGUGCACAUAACACCAUCAACCCUCAGCAGGCUGGAAACAUGAACAAGAUGGGUCUGGGCUCUUCUAAUGGCCCUUUUGGGCAGCAGUACGUACAGGGGACAGUGCAGCAGAUGACCGCGGCUGGUGUUAAUGCACAGCUCCAGAACAAAGCAGCUCUCUCCAACAGCUUACAGACCACUCUAAAGGGUGCUUCCAGUGUGCCAAAUCUGCUCCAUCAGCAGGUGCCCUCUGUGGGCAUGCUCCCCGGCCAGGGCACGCCCGUCGCUGGUCCGACGGCUGACCCAGAGAAGCGCAAGCUGAUCCAGCAGCAGCUGGUCCUGCUGCUCCACGCCCACAAGUGCCAGCGGCGCGAGCAGGCCAACGGCGAGGUGCGCCCCUGCGCCCUUCCCCACUGCCGCACCAUGAAGAAUGUCCUCAAUCACAUGACUCACUGCCAGGCUGGCAAGUCCUGCCAAGUGGCGCAUUGUGCGUCCUCUAGACAGAUUAUUUCCCACUGGAAGAACUGCACUCGGCACGACUGCCCUGUCUGCCUUCCCCUGAAGACUGCCAGUGAUAAGAGAAACCAACAGCCUAUGCUGAGUUCCCCCAGCACUGGCAUGCAAGCACCCAUGGGGGCAGUGGGUGCCAGCCAGCCUACCGCACCCAACCUCAACAGCGCCACCCACAUAGACCCCAGCUCUAUGCAGAGAGCGUAUGCGGCCCUGGGCCUCCCCUACGUGAACCAGUCUGUACCGCAGACACAGGUCUUGGGCCAGCCGGCUCCACAGACCCAGCAGCAGCAACAGCUGAGGUCCAUGAACACGCUAGGCACUAACCAGAUGAGCAUGGGGGGGAACGGUAUGGGCGUACCCACUGGCGAUCAGACGAGUCUCCACACUGACUCAUCCCUCCCCUCAUCCCUCAACAACCAGCUGAUGUCAGACGGCUCCACCGUGGGAGGCAUGGGGAACCUGCCAUCAGCAACGGCGCCCUCUAUGCCUGGCAUGAAGAAGGCUUGGCAUGAGCACGUCACUCAGGACCUGCGCAACCACCUCGUGCACAAACUAGUUCAAGCCAUAUUCCCCACUCCAGACCCUGCAGCACUGAAGGACAGACGAAUGGAGAACUUGGUGGCGUAUGCCCGGAAGGUGGAGGGUGACAUGUAUGAGUCUGCCAACAGCAGGGAUGAGUAUUACCACUUACUAGCUGAGAAGAUCUAUAAGAUUCAGAAGGAACUGGAAGAGAAGAGGAAAUCCAGACUACAGAAACAGCCUCCCAUGGGGGUGCAGCAGCCUGGUCUUCCCCAGCCUAAUGCCAUGGGACCCACACAAACCAUUCGGCCACCAAAUGGACCUGUGCCUAUGUCCAGUGUGCCAAACCAAAUGAUGGGCCGUAUGCAGGUUCCUCAAGGGUUAAAUCAGUUUAAUCCCAUGGCAAUGCAGAACGUGCAGAUGUCUCAGUCGCCGGUCGGAUCCCGUGCAGCUUCCCCAAUGAACCACCCAGCUCAAAUGAACAUGGCAUCUGUUCCUGCGCAGAUGGGUAUGUCUCCUUCAAGGAUGCUGCAAGGCCAAAGCAUGAUGGGAGCCCAUGCAAACAACAUGGUGGGCCAGACAUCCAACCAGAACCAGUUUAUGAACCAGACACAGUUCUCAGCUUCUGCAGCGGGCAUGAAUGUGAAUGUGACCCUGGCCCAGCAGGCAGGACAGGCCGCUGGUACACAGCCUCAGCAGUCGAACUCUAACCUCUCCCUGAAUGCUCUGGGCUCCCUGGCUCCCCAGCUGCCCUGUGGCCCAGCGGGCCAGGCUGCCCUGCGUGCCACUCCUCCACCUCCCACUUCCUCCCAAGUAGCCCCCAACCUGCAGCAGCACCAGGCUCAGCCAUCCACACCCGCCUCCACUGGGGGCCAGGCCACCCCCACACACAUCCCCAGUGGCCUCCCUCGCCCCCCGUCCGCUCUGGGCUCCUCUCCUGCCCCCUCCCAGCCGCUCACACCCCUGCAGUCCCAGCCUGAGCCCCCCAUGCAGAUGCAGCAACCAGCCUCUGAGCAAGCGCAGCACCCCACCACUCCGCUCUCUCAGGCAGCAGGUAGCGUGGAUAAUCGGGUCCCCACACCUGCGUCGGUGGCCGAGAGCCACUCCCAACAGACAUUGCCAGAUUUCCCCCCCGCUGAGAACAAAGCGGAGUCAGGAGAAGACGAGCAGGACUUUGAGACUGGCAAGAAACGACCCGAGUUCAAGACGGAGGAUGAUGAUGUCAAGCCUUUACCUGUGAAGAAGGAGGAGCCAGAGAGUUCAGAGCCUAAGCAGGAGCCAAUGGAGACAGAGGAGAAGAAACCAGAGAUAAAGGCAGAGGCCAAAGAAGAGGAGGACACAGAGCCCUCCAGUACUUCAUCCACUCAGUCUGCCCAGACACGCAAGAAAAUCUUUAAGCCUGAAGAGCUGAGACAGGCCCUGAUGCCCACGUUGGAGGCUCUGUAUAGGCAGGAUCCGGAGUCACUGCCCUUCCGCCAGCCCGUGGACCCCAUGCUUCUGGGCAUUCCGGACUACUUUGAUAUUGUAAAGAAUCCCAUUGACUUGUCAACCAUCAAGCGAAAGCUGGACACGGGGCAGUACCAGGAGCCGUGGCAGUAUGUAGACGACAUCUGGCUGAUGUUCAACAAUGCUUGGCUCUACAACCGCAAGACUUCAAGGGUCUACAAAUAUUGUUCCAAACUGGCUGAGGUGUUUGAGCAGGAGAUUGACCCAGUCAUGCAGGGUCUGGGCUAUUGCUGUGGGAGAAAGUAUGAGUUCUCACCUCAGACUCUGUGCUGCUAUGGCAAGCAGCUAUGCACCAUCUCCAGAGACGGCACAUAUUACAGCUACCAGAACAGGUAUCACUUUUGUGAGAAGUGCUUCAACGAGAUCCAGGGUGACAGCGUCACCCUUGGGGAUGACCCUGCACAGCCACAGACUAUGAUUUCAAAGGAACAGUUUGAGAAAAAGAAAAAUGACAUGUUGGACCCGGAGCCGUUUGUUGAAUGUAAAGACUGCGGGCGUAAGAUGCAUCAGAUCUGUGUGCUGCACUAUGAUGUCAUCUGGCCGUCAGGGUUUGUCUGUGACAAUUGUCUUAAGAAGUCGGGGAAAGCAAGAAAGGAGAACAAGUUUUCUGCUAAAAGAUUACAGACUACAAGGCUUGGCACGUAUAUAGAGGACCGUGUGAAUAAAUACUUGAAGAGGCAGAACCACCCUGAGGCUGGUGAGGUCUUUGUGCGGGUUGUGGCCAGCUCUGACAAGACGGUUGAAGUCAAACCUGGGAUGAAAUCUAGGUUUGUUGACUCGAGGGAGAUGCCAGACAGUUUUCCAUACCGAACCAAAGCACUUUUUGCAUUUGAAGAGAUAGAUGGAGUGGAUGUGUGUUUCUUUGGCAUGCAUGUCCAAGAGUAUGGCUCUGAGUGCCCCUUCCCCAACACCAGGCGGGUAUACAUAUCAUAUCUCGACAGUAUUCACUUCUUCAAGCCUAGGAUGCUCAGAACUGCUGUCUACCAUGAAAUCCUGAUCGGGUAUCUGGAGUAUGUCAAGAAACUUGGAUAUGUGACGGGUCACAUCUGGGCCUGCCCCCCAAGUGAAGGAGAUGAUUACAUAUUCCACUGUCACCCUCCUGAUCAGAAGAUCCCCAAGCCCAAGAGACUCCAGGAGUGGUACCGCAAAAUGUUGGACAAAGCCUUUGCAGAAAGAAUCAUUCACGACUACAAGGACAUCUUCAAGCAGGCAACAGAGGAUCGGCUGAUGAGCGCUUAUGAGCUGCCGUACUUUGAGGGGGACUUCUGGCCUAACGUGCUGGAGGAGAGCAUCAAGGAGCUGGAGCAGGAGGAGGAGGAGCGGAAGAAAGAGGAAAGCACCGCAUCUUCAGAGACAGUGGAGGGGGCCCAAGCUGACAGUAAGAAUGCCAAAAAGAAGAACAACAAGAAGACUAACAAAAACAAGAGCAGUGUGAGUCGAGCUAACAAGAAGAAACCUGGGAUGCCGAAUGUAGCAAACGACCUGUCACAGAAGCUGUAUGCAACGAUGGAGAAACACAAGGAGGUCUUCUUUGUGAUCCACCUCCACGCCGGCCCGGUGAUCAACACCUUACCACCCAUCAUGGACCCUGACCCCUUGUUGACCUGCGACCUGAUGGAUGGGCGUGACGCCUUCCUGACGCUGGCACGUGACAAGCACUGGGAGUUCAGCUCGCUGCGCCGCUGCAAAUGGAGCAGCAUGUGCAUGCUGGUGGAGCUCCACAACCAGGGCCAGGACCGCUUCGUCUACACCUGCAACGAGUGCAAGCACCAUGUGGAGACACGCUGGCACUGCACCGUCUGUGAGGACUUUGACCUAUGCAUUAACUGCUACAACUCUAAGGGCCAUGAGCAUCCAAUGGUGAAGUGGGGUCUAGGCCUCGACGAUGACAACAACAGCCAGAGCAGUGAGGCCUCCAAGAGCCCGCAGGAGAGCCGGCGCCUGAGCAUCCAGCGCUGCAUCCAGUCACUGGUGCAUGCCUGCCAGUGCCGCAAUGCUAACUGCUCUCUGCCAUCCUGCCAGAAGAUGAAGCGGGUGGUGCAGCACACCAAGGGCUGCAAGCGCAAGACCAAUGGUGGCUGCCCUGUGUGCAAGCAGCUCAUCGCACUGUGCUGCUACCAUGCCAAGCACUGCCCCGAGAACAAGUGCCCCGUACCCUUCUGCCUCAACAUCAAGCACAAGCUCCGCCAGCAGCAACUGCAACAGCGGCUGCAGCAGGCGCAGAUGAUGCGGCGACGCAUGGCACUGAUGCAGGGCCGGGCCAUGCCUCAGCCCUCGCCCAACUCAGGAGCCCCUGAUACGCCCAGCACCCAGCCUCCAACACCCCAGCAGCAGCAGCCCAACACGCCGCAGACCCCACAGCCGAUGCCCAGCCAGAUCCAGCCGCAGCCCCAGAACAUGGCCAGCAUGCCCCAGGCCUUCGCCGGAAGCGGCCGUGUCAGCCAGCCACCCACCCCGGGCUCGCAAGGCAAGCCGGGCCCGCAGUCCUCCCCGCUACAUCAGCAGCAGUCGCCCCUGCCCAUGGGGACACAGCAGCCGGCCCAGCCACCACCACCGCAGCAGCAAGCCUCUCUGGCCGCCCUCAAGGUGGCUCGGCAGAUAGAGAUGGCAGCCAAGGCCAAGCAGCAGCAGCAGCAGCAGCAGCAGCAGCAACAGCAGCAGCAGCAGCCGCCAGACUUUCGGCUCAACAUGAACGGCAUGCCCAUGAACCAGCCGCGCAUGAUGGUGCCCAUGCCGGUGAUGGGGCCACGGGGGCCUCAGCCCAUGCAGGGCAUGCAGUCGCCCCCGUGGGGUGCCAGCAUGCAGGGCCCCAUGCAGAACCCCCAGGCUCCUCCGCCGCAGCAGGUGGCCGCCCAACAGGCCUCUCUGGCCCCUCAGCAGCCUCAGGUAACACAGUCACCUCAGCAGGCCCAGCUCAUGCAGCGGGCCAUGAUGCAGCAGCAAGCGCCCAGGCCCAUGCCGGGCGUCAUGCCGCAGCAGCAGGUGCCUCCUCAGGGCUCGCAGCAGCCCCCAAGAGGCGUGGCGAGCAACAUCCCACCAGGGGCCCUGCAGGAACUGCUCCGCACGCUCAAGUCACCCAGCUCGCCGCAGCAACAGCAGCAGGUCCUCAACAUCCUCAAGUCCAACCCGCACCUCAUGGCCGCCUUCAUCAAACAGCGGACAGCCAAGUACCAGGCCAGCCAGCCCCAGCAGGCCCAGGCCCAACCCGGUCCACAGGCCAUGCUCGCCGGCCAACCGACCAUGCAGAACAUGGCCAUGCAGUCGGGCCCUGCCCCGAGGCCCGCUAUGCCCCCCCAGCAACCUCAGCAAGCUCCUGCACAGGGUAUGGCCACCAUGGGCCCACAGGGCCAGCUCAUGAAUGCCGCGCACAAUGGCAACCAGCAGCUUUAUCGCCGACAGCUUUUGCGUCUGCAGCAGCAGCAGCAGCAGCAGCAGCAGCAGCAGCAACAACAGCAACAGGGAGCUAUGCCCCCUGGGCAGGGGCGGUUCCCCCAGCCCCAAGGCGCAGCCAGCUACUCUCAGAUCCGCAUGCAGCAGCAGCUGGCGAUGCAGAGCGCCAGUGGGCCUAUGGGUCAGAUGGCAGGCAUGGCCCAGAUGGGCCAACCGGCCAUGGGCAUGGACACGACACAGAACAUGAUCCAGCAACGCAUGCUCCAGCAGCAACAGCAGCAGCAGCAACAGCAGAUCCCUCAGCAAAUGCUAAAGCAGCAGAUCGGCUCACCACCACCACAGGCCACCUCCAUGAGCCCCCAGCCGCACAUGCUCCCCGGACAGCAGCAGGGCACACACCUGCCUGGCCAGUCUAUGGUCAACCCGCUGGGGAACCAGGUGAGGUCGCCCGCCCCGGUGCAAUCCCCCCGGCCUCCGUCCCAGCAGCCCCCACAUUCCAGCCCAUCCCCACGCAUGCAGCCCCAGCCUUCUCCUCAGCAUGCCUCCCUGCACUCCAGCUCGCCCCACCCCGGGCUGGGCGCACCCAUGCCCGGCGCCAUGGAACAGCAGGCCCACAUUUGCACGCCAGAGCAGAGCGCUAUGCUCCCACAGCUCAAUACGCCGAAUCGCAGAGGGCUCACCAAUGACUUGAGUAUGGUGGGGGACACCACAGGAGACACAUUAGAAAAGUUUGUUGAAGGAUUGUAGCAGUGAGAGAUGCUUGGUCAAGAGGCGUUUGUUUUCACAGUUCUUUGUACUGAUAUUUCAAAGAAAGGAUGUGAAUGGUUUACAUAAAAACCAAUGGACUGCUAUUUCUUCCUUCUUAUGUGUGUAUCUGGGUGGAUCACAGAAUCACUUUCUUUUUCUUUUCUUUCUUUUCUUUUUCCUGUGUUGUCUUCAGGCCAGAAUUAGAGAGCUCUGUCCUGGUAUUUGUUACAUUUUUUUAAUUAUUGUAUUUUUUUUCAGGUAUGGACUUUUUAAUGGAAAUUUCUUGAGGCAAAAAAUGAUUUAUUAUUGAAGAUUUUCAUUUUGUAUGCUUGAAAAUUUUAGAUGCUUUUUUGUGUUCAGAGACUGUAAGAUAAGUAGUGUGGGGCUCGGGUGAUAAGCCCUCAUUCCUCUCCGAUAUGUAUUCACCAGGUUGGAAAAGGACAUGCCUUUGGGAGACGCACCAUUCUCUCAUCAAGCUGUGGAGACUGUAUAGGAGACCUGUGUUCAUUUGUACAGAAAGGCGCUCGUCUACAAAACAAAUGAGCGAAAUGUGGUAAUUGCUCUUAUUUUUAAGGUGCCCAGAUGCAUAAUUUAUUGGCCUGGAUGCUGUAGGUGUCUCUCAAAGUGUAGAAAAUGUUGCUUUGUUUCUCCUUUGAUGUCUGUCAAUGACAAGCCUAUCCCUUUUCUCAUGAGGGCCAGGACAUCUGUUUGACUGCUGAUUUGUGUAAAGAAAGAGUUCUUCAGUCAAUCUUUUUUUUGUCUUUCUUUUCCUCUUUGUUUCUUCCUACACGAAACUUGAAUUGAGCAAGGAUGAUUCUUCAAUAUGAAUCAUGCAGGUUGAUGAGAUACUGUACAUAUAAGGAAAAAAGAUUGAGAUCAUUGUAUAGACUGGUUAAAAGAACUCAUUUCGUACUUCUAUACCAUAUUGUUAAAUAAACUGUGUGCAACAGA